GGGCAGCGCCCCUCCGCUCUCCCCGACCCGCCUCAGCAGGCCGUUACCCCGCCCGUUGGCCCGCGCGGCCGUUGGCCGCUGCCCCGUGCCAGCCCCUUGGCUCGCCUGGCGGCGCGUGCCGUGCUUUCCCGCCCUAACCCGGGGCGGGGCUUGGCGCUCCUCAGAUAGCGGGCAGAGCAGGAAGUGGGGAGGUGCCGAGCUCGCCGCGCCGCACCGCACCGCUGGAUCCGCGCUCCGCUGGCAAAGUCAAGCCCAGGAGAAAGGGUCACCCAGACCUGUGUCAGAGCCCUGUCAGCUUCCAAAGAAGAGGACAGUGAGGACUACAUUCUCCUCAGCCAGCACACCCUUUAGGGCAGAGGGCAAGGAGUUCUGGUGUGAAGCAGAGGGAGACAAGAGCUGCUGUGUCUCUGAAUCCAUCAUGGAACAGGUCAAUGGAUCUGUCCAGAUGGAGAGUGUGCUGCUCUACAGCUUCUUGGAGGUGUCCCCUGACUGCAUGUUCAGAGAGCAACUGCAUUCCCUGCAAAGCCAGGAGAUUGUGCCUGUCCUGCAAGGCAAGUACUGGUAUGAUGAUGAGAUGGAACUUCAGACUGAUGGCAAUAGGAGUGGCCACUUGCUGCAGAAUGGUGAGCCAGUGUUUGAACCUCAGGUAGAUGAAGAAGUUGUCCGGCUCAUUGCUGUUCAGCUCGCUGAGAUUGGAGACCAGUUUGAUAAAGAAAUCAAAACAAGACUAGUAAAUGAUCUAGUACAGCAGUUUCUGAAUGAGAAUUUGCCUGGAGAGGCGAUAACCCGGCGCAUGUCAGAGGCAGUGGAAGGGCUUGUGCGUGCCAUGCCCCCAGACAUGGAACAGGAGAAGGCUACUUUGGUGCUAGCAAUGGUCUUAACUAAAAAAAUUGUGAAUACAGUGCCUUCCCUUCUACCGCGUGUCUUCAGGACCACUGUGAACUACAUCAACCAGCAUCUCCACAACUACAUUGUCAGAAUGCUGCGUGGGUGAGACCUCCAGCCCUCCCUCUGGAGAACAUGCAUUCCUGGAGACUUUUUACUUUUCUUGAUGUAUGCAAAUCACUUUUUCUGCUUUUUAACUUCUGAGAUACAGCUGUGAAAGGGAAAGCAGAGCUUCGUAGAUAGGCUUCUGUAGACUAGCAUAGCAAUGGAAGUAGUGUGAGCUGUGUGCCAGCUCUGCCAGUGCCUGUAAGGAGUAGUGCCUGCUGCUCUCAUUUUACGAGCUUUUUCUGUCGUGUGUUUUUUGUGUUCUGUUUUGUUUUGGUUAAUUCUUUCAGGGAACACAACCUGGAUAUGCUUGAGGAAAAGUGUGUAAGCUUUUACAAUAUCUUGCUAUAAAGAAGGAGGUAUCAGCUUUGGAUCAGGAAUACUAUUCAGCAUGUUAAAAUAUUGCAGUUACAUCUCAGGCUCAAGAAACUUGAACUCAGGUUGUUUGAUACAUACCUGUAAUCCCACCCAAGGUGGCAAAGGUUUCAGCUGUGAUCCAGCUGCCUCAGCAGUUUUGAAAUUAUGUAAAUAGUUUGUGUUUUUUUAACUUAAAUAAAAGUCAGUUCUCAUGGCAAUACAGCUCUUAA